UAUAAUGAGUUUUUUGCUGGGAAUAAUUUAGUCGGAUGCGUUCAGAUAACAUGAUCCCUUUGCUCUCGGAGUUUUUGACGCUCGUUUCAAUAUGUUUGUCGAUUGUGAGUUGUCAGGAUAUCCAUCCAGAUACAGAACUGUCAAUAACGGAGAUUCUCGAAAAACAUGGCUUUCCUGCUGAGACCCACGAGGUGAUAACUAAAGAUGGAUACAUCAUCACAAUGCAAAGGAUUCCGCAUGGCAAAAACGGCACUGGCGUGAAUCCGAAGCCAAUCCUCAUGAUGCACGGACUUUUUGGUUCAGCCGAGAACUACGUGGUGGCCGAAAUGUACAAUAGCAGUAUGGCAGGCUAUUUCGCCGACAGAGGGUAUGACGUAUGGCUGGGAAACGCUAGAGGAAACAUACACUCCAGAAGACACGUCAGGCUGGACCCCGACAAGUACAAAUUCUGGAACUUCAGUUACCACGAGAUAGCCAUCUAUGAUGUAGCAGCGAUGGUGGAUCACAUUCUCAAGACAUCAGGGAAGAAGAAACUGUAUUACAUUGGGCACUCUCAGGGUGGAACUGUAUUCUACAUCUUGAACUCUAUGAGACCAGAAUACCAAAAGAAAUUUGUUCAAGCGUCUCUUCUUGCACCAGCAGGUUUAAUGGGUAAUUACAACAACACCUUAACACUGCCACUCAUUAGACGUCGUAAGAUGAUUGAAAAAAUGGUUAACAAUGCUAAAAUUGGCGAGUUCCCACCGAAAUGGUUCAAUUUUUCCCAAUUUCUGUAUGGCUCCUGUACAGAAACACCUUUGAAAUACAUCUGUCAAGGUUUGUACAACACGCUAGCAGGUGGUGACUCAGGAGAAUUUUUUCCACACUUAAUGCCGCAUAUAAUGAGAUUUAUUCCAAGUGUGGCAGCCAAACAAAUGUUCCAUUUCAUGCAGAGCAUUGACACAGGUUGUUUCUGCCAGUGGGAUUAUGGAAAAAAGAAAAACCAAGAGGUUUAUGGUACUGCGGAGCCUCCGGCGUAUGACCUAAAAUCAAUUCAGGUACCAAUAGCUCUUUACUAUGGCCUUAGCGAUACUCUGGUUUUUCCGAAGGACGUGGAAAAAACCUGCUCCAUAAUACCAAAAUGUACUAGGUUGUAUUUGCUACCUAAUCCAAAAUGGACCCAUUUAGACUUCAUUUUUUCUGUGAACUUGGUGAAAGAACUCAAUGAACCUGUGAUUACUCAUAUGAACACCUUCAAGGAUGACGAUUGAUGAUAUGUACUUACAUAUAUAUGUAUAUAAAAAACUUACAUGUAUGUGAGUACGAGUUUGGAAUUGAAACGAAUAAAUAUAAAA